GAAUACUGGCCAGAAAUUGCUCAUAUCUCCACCAUAGAGAUCGAUGAGGAAUGCCUUUAACGAUUAAAACAAAUGGUGUUCUCACAAAUAUUUGAGAAAUGGAGAUUGGCUUAGCAGUUGGUGGUGCAUUUCUCUCUUCAGCUUUGAAUGUUCUCUUUGAUAGGCUUGCUCCUAACGGUGGUCUUCUCAACAUGUUUCAGAAGCAUAAACAUCAUGUUUGGCUCUUAAAGAAGCUGAAAAUGACUUUGCGUGGUCUUCAGAUUGUGCUAAGUGAUGCAGUGAAUAAGCAGGCAUCAAAUCCAUCUGUGAGCGACUGGCUUAAUGAGCUUCGAGAUGCUGUGGACUCUGCUGAGAACUUAAUUGAAGAAGUCAAUUAUGAAGCUUUGAGGCUUAAGGUGGAAGGUCAGCAUCAAAAUCUUGCAGAAACAAGCAACCAGCAAGUAAGUAACCUGUGCUUGAGUGACGAUUUCUUUCUUAACAUAAAGGAGAAGUUGGAAGAAACCACUGAAACAUUGGAGGUGUUGGAAAAGCAAAUUGGUCGCCUUGGCUUAAAGGAUCAUUUUAGUUCAACUAAACAAGAAACUAGAACACCUUCAACUUCUGUGGUUGAUGAUUCUAAUAUCUUUGGAAGAAAAUUCUCAAAAAAUGAAUAUGUUUUCUGUGCCUGA